CUAUCUGAUAAUCCAAAAAUUCAAAAUUCAAUUCGUAUUCGAUUCGAAAAUUUAGGAUAACCUAUUCAAAAAUUUCGGAUAUCAGAUAUCGAAAAUUUUGAUUUCGAAGUCGGAUAUCGGAUCGGUAUCCUAUCCAAAGAAACAUUUUUUUUUAACAUUUUAAAAUAUUUUCAUAUUAUAACCCUAGUUUCUCCUCUAUUUUCUCUCGCCUAUCUCAUCUGACCUCACAGAUCUCCCUCUUCUCACUCCUCCACCGUCGUCCGUCGUUGAAACUCACAGCAUCACUCCUCCACCAUCCGCGACCUCCCUCACUCUUCCACCUGCGGGCUGCGGGGGCAAGAUUGGAGAAGAUCUAACAACGAUGACUGCUGACUGCUCCACCGCCGUCGAUAAUCUCACAGGCGAUUCACAAGCCGACAUUAUCAAUGCUCCACAGAAGAGUAUCGAUGAACCUGAUGUCGGAAUCCUCUGCUACAUCUCUCACCUUCCUGGUUUACGGGGCAUUCUCAAGCAAAGGUAUUCGGAUUUCAUUGUGAAUGAGGUUGAUUUGAAUGGAAAUGUUGUGCAUUUAACUUCAUUGCAUGUUUCUCCUAAGUUGGCUGAAAACAAGGAAGAGAUGGUAGCUGGGCAAUCAAAUAAAGUUACACUGAAGAAAUUGAAUCGUUUAGCCAUUAAAAAAACCCCGCAAUUACAGAAGUCGAAUAUAGGAUAUCUAACUUAUCCGAUCCGAAAAUUUCGGAUAUCCGACAUUUUCGGAUUAGAUAUGGAUAUCAAAUAUCCCGGAUUUUCGGAGACAGAUAACCGAUCUGAAAUCCAGUUUUGGAUCGAAAUCAGUUUUGGAUCGGAUAUUCGAUCCGUGCUCAGGCCUAUAUUUGAGUCGGUUUACAAUUUUAGUCGAUUUAAAAUUCCAACCAAAUUUGAGUCGGUUCCAAAAAUUUGGCCGGUACCCAUUUUAUUUUUUUUAAACCAUAUUUUUUCUUACCCCUUGUUUUUGCGAAGCUUGACCUAUUGUUAUGCCUUUUUAAUUUAACAUUUGAUAUUUUCUUGCACAAACUAUAAAUAAAAUUAAUUUAUUAUAGGAAAAAUUACUUUUAAUAAUCCAACCUUUGUCCGUUUCUCCCAAAAUAUAUUGAUCUUUUGAUUAUUCCAGAUUAAACCAACCUUUACCCCCCAUCUUCCCAUAUUGCACCUAGCAGGUAACUUAUCCGGUUCAACCAGUUGCUUGUCCUACGUGGCAGUGACCGUUUCUUUUUUUUUUUUUUUUUUUAAAUUUUAGUUCUUUUUAAAAGAAAUCCCCACCCCCCUUUCUUUUGACAACAAACCUUUGCAUUAGGGCAAAUCUGAUCUCUUCAAGCAUGUAGAUCAAGUGCUUUGUUCGAUGAUGUAACCAUUGAAUUGAAGGUCUCUGUCAUAUUGCUUAUAAUGGCAUUACACUUGACUGGUGUGUCAAGGAAAGCUCUGCAAAAUAACGCAAGAGUGUAACUCUUAAAUGCAGCAGCUGCAUUUGCAUAUAUCUUCUCCAACUGUUCUAACCCCUCAUUAUAAUCUGUCCUGUUGUAUGACUUAGCAAUUUUCCAAAACUGCAACUUCAACUCAUCUCCCUUAUGUGUGUUUGUGCCAAUGAGCAAACAUAUUCCUAGCAUAGUGCAUGUGAUCUGCUUUAAGGAGUACAAUCUUAACUCCAUUCAAAAUAGCCUAAUUGUGUACAACAAACACAAACCACAAUUACUAUCUAUUUUUAAGACAAAUAAAGGCAAAAAAAUAAAAUAAAUAAAUCAUAAGAAAUCACAAUGACAACCAUAAACUUACCAUGUGCUCAUCUGAAAUGAUGCAGAUACCUUCACCUUUUCCUAGCUCAAGGCAUCUCCACAAAUCUGGAAGAACCACUCCUAGGAGAAUGUAUUCUCUGCCCAUCCUAUGGGAUACAUUUGAUCGUUUCCAUCUCUGCCAACAGCAGUCAGAAGUUGGCCACCAAGAAAUGUCUUCAAGAAACAACCAUCAACACAUAUUACCUUUCUACAACCAGCUUUCCAGCCUAUUUGUAACCCCUCAAAGCAAGUAAACAGUCUUUGAAAGACUAGAUCAUGUGGCUGUUUUGUCAAGCUUGUCACAGUCACAAGUUCAACACAACUUCCUAGACUUGUUGCCUUCAAAGCAGCUAUGUACCCACCUAGCUUCCUAUAGUGUUCAUACAUGGACCCAUGCAGCAACUUAUGGGAUGCAUAUUUCACCUUGUAAGCAAAUGAUCUCUUAACCACAACAUUUAAAAGCCCUCCUCACAAUCUCAACAAUUUCUUUUGCUGGCUAGUGAGGUCUAUUCUUAAACACCUCAAGAAACUGUAUGUUUAGCCACCCAACUUGACUUCAACUGCCUAUUUUUUUUUCAUGUUUCUGUGACAGGUAUGUUCACUUUCAACUCUUCUCACCACAAAUGUAGCUCUCCUUGAAUUGAAUCCCAGCUAGCAUACAGAUAAAAAUUACAACCCUCCACACACCUAACAACUCCAUCUCAAAAAACAGAUUUCUACCUUGAAGAAUUACAUAUUUAACAACUCCAUCUCUAAAAUCUUCCCUAGAAGAUAGCCUUUGCCCUACUUUCCAAUUGAACACGUUGAAAUCAGUGUUAGCACUCACAAGAAUCCCAGACCUUUUCCUUCUCUCUUCUUUACCAUUAUCAUCACCACAUUCAGGUGGACUAAUCAGAUCAUCCUCACUUCCAUCACAUUCGCUCUCAUAACCCCCAUUGAUAGACUUACUUCCACCCUUUGUCAUAGUCUUAGUUUGCUGACUCACAAGCCUUCCUUCUGCUGCCUCUUGUUGUAGUUGUUCUGCUAUCUGCAAGGGCUUGUCAGUACAACUCUUCACCCUCUCCUUUGCAGUCUGAAACUCAUCAUCCUCUACAUCUGAUACAUACCAUCAUAAUCAUCUUCAUUCAACACCUAAUUCCACCAAUACUAGAAAAUAGGCCAUUUCCGACGGAAAAAUUCCAUCGAAAAACACUGUUCCGACGGAAAUUCCGUCGGAACGUGUUGUCGGAAGACCCUUUGUAGGAAAAAUGGCCUUAUUCGUCGGAACAGUGUUUUCCGACACAAUUUUUUCGUCUGAAGAGGUUUUUCCGGUACCGGAAAGUUCGUCGGAAAUUUCCGAUGAAAUUCAAAUAUGUCAGACGGAAAUUCCGUCAGAAACUCUUGCAAAAAAAAAAAAAACCAGGCACCACCCCUUCUAGCCCCAACCACCAUCAUCCACCCACCGUCGUACCUACCCCUUACCCAUCCACCACUACCCUUAGCUACCACCACCGAACCCUAACCCUUCUCCUUAACCCUUACCAACCACCCACCACCACCGAACCCUAACCCUUCUCCUUAACCCUUACACACCACCUACCACCACUGAACCCUAACCUAGAUUCACCAACCACCACCACAAAAACCACCCACACCAGCCCCUAACCUUGAUUCACCAACAACCACCAUCGAAACCACCACACCAGUCCCUAUCCCACCUUCACAGACCACCACCGACACCACCUCACCAAAAUUUAACCACAAAAAAUAAAAAAUUAACCCCAGAAAAACAUAAAUGAGCCCAAAAAUACGAAAAUUAACUCAAUAAAAUCGAAAAAUACCGCACAAAAAUAUCAAAACUAGUAGAUCUACAAAUUUUAACCGAAUUUCAUAAAAAAAUUAAAAAAAACGUUAAACAACAAAAAUUAAAGGAAAUAUAUAAAUAUACAGUUAUCCAAUCAAAUUUAUAAUUAACAUUACAAUACCAUAAAAAAUUAACUAGAUCUACAAUGUAACCUAAAUUAAAACUAGAUCUUUACAAAAACCUCGAGGGUGGGUGGUGCCGUUGUUGUUGCGGUGUUGUUGUUGGUGUUGAUGUUGGUCAACGCUGGUUGUGGUUGUUGACGGUGGCUGUUGUUGUUGACGGUGGUUGUUACGCCGUAGUUGUAAUUGGUGGGUGGCGUCGGAAAUGACGAGAGAACAAAAGGGGGAAAGGA